AUGUCAUCAUUAAUUAUUGAUAGUCAUGUUGUUGAACAAGAACAACCACGACAACCUGUAUUCCCAGUAAAGACAAAACAACUUUCAGUCAAGAUUAAUAAUGUUCAUACCGAUAUAUCAAUGUCUGUGUUUGCUGGAACUGUAUUUAUAACAAUUGCUCAAACACAAAGAUUCUCUACUUGGAUUAAAGCAAUUAAACAAUCUGAAGGAUUUGAAUCGGAUGAACCAUGUUAUCAUAUUGAAUCAUUACUUGGAGGUAAUCAAGAUCAACUAGUAUCAAUCUAUGCACGUCAAUUAAUCGAAAAUAUAUCACAACGUUCUCCCAACUCUCUUUUACUAUCAAUCUCUUUGACCGAUAAAUCUAAAGAAGCAUUCAAAGCAAUAUUGGAUGUCAUCUUUGAGAAUAGAAUAUGGUAG